AUGACGAUGAUGAUGACUGGCCGUGUGCUGCUGGUGUGUGCCCUCUGCGUGCUGUGGUGCGGUGCUGCUGGAGCUGCUGCUGAUGUUUCUGAGGAGAGGGUGGAUCUUUCAUCUUCUGAAAGGUCCCAAAUGCUACAAAAUGUGUUAUCUGAGCCUACGGAUGGAAAAGAAAGUUUGGAGCACAAUUCCUGCCUUGAGAGGCUGGGGUCGGAUGUAAAUACCGCGGAAUGUACGAAGGCGAAGACAAACAAUUCGGAUGCCAUCUCUACCGAUCCGUUAUCGCCGUCACACGCGCCCAGUAACCCAAAUCCCGAGAAGGGCCUACAGCCUGUUGCGCCACCUACCGGGCCUGUUCAGGCACAUCAACCCAACCUGAUGCACGUUAAAGGAGUUGUGGAGGAAGUACGGGAAGAGGAUGAGGAGGGAAAAAGAAAAAAAGAACUUGAAGAGCAGAAUAAACAUCAAAAUCAAGAAAGUCACGAAAAUCCAUCGUCACGUGAAAAACCUUCAGUACUAAAAGGAAAUCAACCUGUAGGACAAGAAGCAACGCUACAAGGAGACUCAGCGCAGCAGGGAAGAAAGCACCAGGAAGAAGCACCAGUACAAAUACAACAAGAAAAAGACGUACAGCACAGAGAAUUAUCCCAGCAUGACCAACUACUUCAAGGCCAUCAAGAAGGACAGGAAGGACGACGCCCCGACGAAGAACAACCGCAAAUACUAAAAGCACAAAAAGAAAAGGUAGCGACUGCUUCAUCAACCGGGCCAAAUUUAACGCAACAGUCGCCGCCACAUAUGAAAAUAAAUGGCUUGCAACAGGAGGGAUCCGCCGCCAGUUCAUCAGAGCAGUUGAAAGAGGAAAUUCCCUCGGUUUCAACGGAAAGUAAAUCAAAUGGAACCAUUGACCCACCGUCGCCACAAGCUUCUGAAGGAGAAGGUGGCGCCCCUGCCGCACUUCAGACACAAGAGGAAGACGCAAACAUUCGCCAAGUUGUUGAAUUUUCUGAAACCGCAGCUAGAGAAGAAGACCACCAACAUGAACAUCCCCCCGACAAUUACGGAGAAACCACGAAAGAGAAACCAGCCGUUGUUACAAAUAACACAGCAAAUAAAAAUGGCGGUGACAGUGACGGCAGCACCGCGGUCUCCCACACCACCUCCCCUCUUUUGCUUCUCCUUGUUGUUGUUGCGUGUACGGCGGCUGCUGCGGUGGUGGCCGCGUGA